AUGAUAGAUGCCACAAUAGAACUAGAAUCUAGCUGGUUAUGGAGACAAUCGAGGCCUCCAAAUGUCAAGGAUCGAAAAGAAAGCACCAUACGAUGUCUUGGAGGUCGAGUUGUGGUCUCAGGUGAAGCAGUCCGAAACAGUUCUUUUGACACAUUGCUGGUGAGACUGAGAGGCAUUAUUCUAGUAUCCCAGGGAGAAGACACAUCCAUCGAAGAUCUCGUCACAUUGACCGAUGCCAAAUCGCUUUCUCAAUUCCAGCUUGAUGAGGCGAAUGGCAACAGCAAUGUGAGCUUUGGUUUUAGCUUACCUACCCACGCACCGAGACUAUGGGGUGGAACAAGAUACCUCCCACAGUCAGCAGUUCUUGCUGGAUUUGCUUCAAGGUUCCCCAACUCCAGCGGCUUGAAUGAUCAGAAAGUGACCCAGGGAGUCUGCGAAACCUCAUAUUGGGUCGAGGCAGAAUUUCGGCUUGAGGGACAACAAGUUGGUUUCUUAAUCAAAAAUGUACGGAUUUCGGAUCUAUAUCCUUGCUUACAAAUUGCGAUCGGACGGCCGGCUCAUCUGUCUAUCCCGAUCAAUUCUGGUUAUUUCGCGAAUUUGUUUUACAAAAGGACUGUCAACCUUUCAAUGACCUUUGGAGAGUCAGAGCCUAUCGCCUGGGACCAUAAAAUGGGUAAUCGAUACAUAUCCUUCCCACUAACACUCGCAAUGAAUACUCGGAGCUUCGCCAAGGAAGUUCUCCCCUGGGAUACCAGGCAGUCCCUCAGAUGCCGGGUCAAAGUCAAGUGGAGUAUGAAGGUCUCUUUUUCGACAACUCAGGACAACUCCAGUGCGUCGUUCGACACAGAUCGAGUUGUCCUCAAAUGGGUCGAGACUUCACCAAUUCAAAGUUCGUCGAUAUAUUUCCGCCCCGUGCUUAACUCCCAGGACACAACGGUCACAGACGCGGAGGUAGCGCCAUCUCAGUCUUGUACUGCAAUAUCUCAACUUGAUCUCCUGGCACCCGAUUUUAUCCAACAGCCGUCUAGUCAAUGGGGCCUUGUAUCGAGAGAAUACACCAUGGAGGUCACACUGAUCUUUGACAAGGUCGAUGGCCUAACGCUCCCUAAGUUUCACAGAAUCCUCCAUCUGGAUCUUCACACGCAGCAAAUCCAGCCAGCCAGUAUCUCUGCCACAACAAUGGGCGAAUACACCCCUCAUCCCGGAAAUGCUCUAAGGAAAGAGUUGACAGAAUUUGCUCACCGCCGUAGCAAUGAGGGGCCAUAUGCGGAUAAUUUGGACGUGGAUGUUCUAAUCGUUGGAGCUGGUUUCGGAGGCACGUACCUUCUCUACGAACUGCGCAAGGCCGGCUAUCGGACAACUGUAUAUGAUGCAGGCACCUCCUUCGGGGGCACUUGGAGGUGGAACGUUUAUCCUGGCGCCCGGGUUGACAGCGAAGUUCCGAUAUACGAGCUUGCCAUCCCCGAGGUCUACGAGACCUGGCACUGGACAACUAACUAUCCAGACUGGAAGGAGCUACAAGCGUAUUUUGCCCACGUUGAUAAGGUCCUGAACCUCUCUAAGGACGUUGCUUUCCAAACCGUGGUAACCUCGGCAGAGUUCGACGUUAAUUCCGGCAAAUGGACAGUGACAACUUCAGACGGACGCAGCUGUAAAGCCCGAUUCUUCAUCGCCGCCUCUGGAAUGGCCGCCAAACGCUACAUUCCUCAAUUCAAAGGCCUCGAAAAAUAUAAAGGUGUGAUCAAUCAUACUUCCUUCUGGCCUAAUGAAGACGUCGAUGUUCAAGACAAAAAUGUUGCGGUGAUCGGAACAGGCGCCUCAGGGGUUCAAGUUGCUCAAGAAUGGGGUCCCACUGUUAAGAGUAUGCACGUCUUUCAGAGGACACCAAAUCUCACUAUACCCAUGAGAAGACGAGACCUUACGAAGGAGGGACAAGACCAGCUUAAAAGCAUCUAUUCAAUGGUGCACGAAUUCCGCGAUCGAUGCUUCGCAGGCUUUCAUUAUGAUUUCUGUGAGCGCAACACCUUUGACGACACUCCGGAAGAGCGCGAGGCAUUUUUUGAGAAUCUCUGGAAGAUAGGUGGUUUCCGCCUCUGGCUUGCCAACUAUAAGGACUUCUUAUUUGACGACAAAGCAAAUCGCGAGACUUACAACUUUUGGCUCAAGAAGCAACGGGCGCGACUUACGGAUCCCGUCAAACAGGACCUCCUUUGCCCUCUUGAACCACCGCAUCCGUGGGGUGUAAAGCGGCCUUGCUUAGAGCAGAACUACUACGAAGUUAUGGACCAAAAGAACGUCACAAUCGUCGACAUUAGCGAUGAAUCUGGAAACGAUAUUGCAGAGUUCACAGAGAAGGGAAUCAAGAUGACGAAUGGUGACGAAUACGAAUUUGAGGUUAUCGCCCUUGCGACCGGCUUCGACGUCGCCACUGGCGGGCUAACUCAGAUGGGACUCAAGUCUAUCCGUGGUACAACUCUUGACGACGAAUGGAAGACGGGCAUCAACUCAUUCCUCGGAGUCACCAUUGAAGGAUACCCUAAUUUCUUUUACCUUUAUGCGGCGCAUGGUCCUACGCUUCUAUCUAAUGGUCCAUCAUGUGUGGAGGUCCAGGGUCGAUGGAUUCGCGAUGCGAUUAAUAUGAUUACCAGACAAAAUAUUAAGUACAUCAACCCGACUGACGAGGCAACUAAGCAGUGGAGGGAAAGAAUCGAUAGCCUCGCGAGCGCAACACUAUUUCCCAAAGCGAAGCGAAGCACUUACAUGGGAGGUAGCAUUCCUGGGAAAAAACGCGAAUUCGUCAGCUAUGCUGGCGGCUUGGGCAAUUACAGCGCAGAGAUUCGUGCCUGUUUGACAGGAUUCAAGGGGUUUGAGGUUGUGAAAGCCUAG